UCACCCGUCGCUAGUUGCCCAACACUGGAAAAGAAGCUAAAAUAAAAUGCAAAAAUUGGCCGAAUUUUCGCCACAAAUAAUAGUUUUCCCUUGAGAAAUUCGCAAGCUGCGUGGCAGGACGAGCAGCUGACCAGGCCGUUCCUCUCGGGGACUCGAAGUAGCACACACAGGGGAGGCCACCAGACCGAAGGUUUCACGGCCGAGGCUUUUGCCCAGCGGAAAAAACUGCCAACUCCCACACAAAAAAGCGAGAAGGAAGAGAAAGAAAGCCAAGGAAAAGGUCAAGUGGUCAUCCGAAUCCAGGCUAAUCCUCGCCAGAAUGCAGCAGAACACGGCCAGCAAUCCGUUCGCCAUGUCCACGUAUGUGGAGCGACCCCAGAUGGGAUUGGACGUGGAAUUCGGAGCGGAUCCUGCCAGCGGAGCAGCGUUCUUCCAGUCCGAUGGACGCAAGCACGAUGACCUGAAGCAGAUGCUGGACAGCAACAAGGACGGCCUCAAGCUGGAGGCCAUGAAGAGGAUCAUCGGGAUGAUUGCCCGCGGACGCGAUGCCAGUGACCUGUUCCCGGCCGUCGUCAAGAAUGUGGUGUCCAAGAACAUCGAGGUCAAGAAGCUGGUCUACGUCUAUCUGGUGAGGUAUGCCGAGGAGCAGCAGGACCUGGCCCUGCUCUCCAUCUCCACGUUUCAGCGGGCCCUCAAGGACCCCAAUCAACUGAUACGCGCCUCGGCCCUGCGCGUGCUGUCCUCCAUAAGGGUCAGCAUGAUCGUGCCCAUCGUAAUGCUGGCCAUCCGGGACAGUGCCGCCGACCUGAGCCCCUAUGUGCGGAAGACGGCGGCCCACGCCAUCCCCAAGCUGUAUUCCCUGGACGCGGACCAGAAGGACGAGCUGGUCAUGGUCAUAGAGAAGCUGCUGUCGGAUCGCACCACGCUGGUGGUGGGAUCAGCAGUGAUGGCCUUCGAUGAGGUCUGCCCGGAACGCGUGGAUUUGAUCCACAAGAACUACCGCAAGCUGUGCAACCUGCUCGUCGACGUGGAUGAGUGGGGUCAGGUGAUCAUCAUCAACAUGCUGACCCGCUACGCACGCACCCAGUUCGUGGACCCCAAUGCGGAUGACGAUGACCUGGUCAACGAUGGUCUGGGCGAGACGCCCGUGAACGAGCGUUUCUACGACGAAUCCUCGCACUCCUCCUCGCACAGCGAUGACGAUGACAGCGACGAGGAGAAGAACAAGUCGCGUACUACCAACAAUAACAACAAUGGCGGAGGAAACGGUAGCCGGACACCUAGUUCGCCGAGCAACAGCUACCACAUCGAUGUGGACCAUCGCCUGUUGCUGAGGCAGACGAAACCGCUGCUCCAAUCGCGCAAUGCCUCGGUGGUGAUGGCAGUGGCGCAGCUCUAUCACCAUGUGGCACCCAAGAACGAGGUGCAACUGAUUGCCAAGGCGCUAAUACGACUGCUGCGCUCCCACAAGGAGGUGCAGAGUGUGGUCCUCAAUUGCAUUGCCUCCAUGUCCACCAAGCGGAAGGCCAUCUUUGAGCCGCACCUCAAGUCCUUCUUCGUGCGCACCAGCGAUCCCACGCACCUGAAGCUCCUGAAGCUGGAUAUUCUCACCAACUUGGCUUCGGCGGGCAGUAUUUCGCUCAUCCUUCGCGAGUUCCAGACCUACAUCUCCAGCAGCGACAGAUCCUUCGUGGCUGCCACUAUCCAGGCCAUUGGACGAUGUGCAUCCAGCAUCAAGGAGGUCACCGAGACCUGUUUGAGUGGCCUGGUCCAUCUGCUGUCCAACCAUGACGAGCACGUGGUGGCCGAGAGCGUGGUGGUGAUCAAGCGUCUGCUCCAGACGAAAGCCGCCGAGCACUUUGAGAUCAUCACCCAGAUGGCCAAGCUGAUUGACUACAUAAAUGUGCCGGCAGCCAGGGCGGCCAUCAUCUGGCUCAUAGGCGAGUACAACGAGAAGGUGCCGCUGAUUGCCCCGGAUGUGCUGCGCAAGAUGGCCAAGUCGUUUGUGGACGAGCAGGAUGUGGUCAAGCUGCAGGUCCUGAACCUGGGCGUUAAGCUCUAUCUGACCAAUCCGGAGCAGACGUCGCUGCUGUGCCAGUACGUGUUCACGCUGGCCCGCUACGAUCCCAACUACGAUGUCCGCGAUCGCGCCCGCUUCCUGCGACAGAUCAUCUUCCCGGCCAGCGGAACGAGUUCGGUGCUCAGCCAGCACGCCCGCCAAGUGUUCCUGGCCAGCAAACCGGCCCCGGUGCCGGAGAGCAAGUACCGGGAUGGCAACAACUUCCAAUUGGGUUCAUUGUCUCACUAUCUGAACAUGCCAGCGGCUGGCUACAAGGAGCUGCCCGCCUUUCCGGCUAUUCCGCCGGACUCGUCGGUGCGCAAUAUACCCGGUUUCAUGCAGGACAAGCUGCCCGGAGAGGACUCGCCUUCGGGGCGCUCCAAGGGCACUUCCAGUGCGGCCGGCGGCAAGGAGAAGAGUGCGGCUGGCGAGAAGGGCUUCCUCUCCGAAUCGGAGGACAAGUCUUCGGCGUACUCGGAGUCGGGGAGCAGCAGUGGCAGUGGCACCAGCGACAGCGAAUCCGACAGCGAUGGCAGCGGGAGCAGCGACGAGGAGGAGGAGCAGAAGAAGCAGCCGCCGCAGCCCGCAAAGGUUUCCGCGAAGAAGGAGCAGCUCAUCGAUGCUGGCGGCACUAAGGUGGCGGAGGCAACCACUGCGCAAGCAACAACGAACAAUAAUAACAAUGCGGCUGGCUCCUCGGGCACCUCGGACAGCGAGGACUCGUCGGCCUACAGCGGCAGCAGUAGUGAUGAUAGCGAUUCCGGCAGCGACAACGAAGUGGAUGUGAAGGAGCCGGAAGCGAAGCCGGAGAAGGUGAAAGGGAAGCAGGAGAAGAAACCUGAGCAGCCGGCGUCCAAGAGCAAUCUGGAUCUGCUGCUCGAUCUGGAUGACAUUCCGCCCAUAGGUCCUGUGAUGACGCCCUCUCUGGGAGGAUUCCUAACGCCUGGCACUCCACUGAUGGCGGGGCAGGCGGCGCCACUGCAGCCGCAGCAUGCGCGCAACCGGGUGGAGCUGGUGGGUCCCUCGCACAUCGAGUUCAAGCACAAGGAGCUGCUGAACAAGGUCAGCGGCCACGGGCUGCAGUUGGCCUACCGCUUCACCCGCUCGCCGCACCUCUACUCCUCGAGCAUGUGCUCCAUUGAGCUGCAGUUCCAGAACCGGGGCGAAAAAGAGAUUACGGCCAUUCGCUUGGGCCAAACCACUUUGCCGGCGGGCAUGCAGUUGAAUGAGUUUGCGCCGGUGACCAUUCUGCAGCCGCAGCAAACAGCCAGCGGAGUGCUGGGCGUGGAUUUCAAUGACUCCACGCACGCCGUGGAUCUGGAGCUGAUCUCCAGUGCGGGCAGCUCACGGCUGCAGCUGAAGCCGCCGGUGGGCGAGCUGGUGAGGUCCGUCCAGAUCGGCGAGAGCUGUCACCGCGAGGAGCGGGCCAAGUUGCGCGGCAUGAACGAGCACCAGUGCGAGCUGCGCGGCCUGCGGCGGGAUCUGAUCGAUGUGGCCGCUCUGCGCCAGAAGGUUUUCGAGUGCAUCAAUGUGGCGCACACGCACAGCUCUUCCAGCGGCCAGCUGCACUGCUUCGCCGGCCAAACCCUGAGCUCCAAGAGCCUCGUGCUGCUCACCCUCCACUGGCAGACGGAGGAGGCCCUCACGCUGCUGGUGAACUGCGAGAAGAUGGUCAUCGGGUCCAUGGUGCUCAACGAGCUGCGCAACGCGCUGCAGCUCAGCUUCGCCAUGUGAGCGGCGGACACGAAAAGGAGCGAGACAGCAUCGGGCGAGGGCGAGGAGGGAGUGCCCCGGGAGCAGGGCUACUCAACUGAGAACAAAGCAGGCCGCCUCACUACGUAAACCUAAGCAUUCGUAUUUAGCUAUAUACUGUAAAGGGCGGGGCGAACGCAAUCUCUGGAAUGUCCUAUGUCCACAGACACUCCCGCAAUAUCUGUUAGAGUUCAAUUCAAUGUGCAAUGUGUCAAUCUGGGACUUACGCCGCCUGAUGUCAAUUCGAGUUCAUAGAUAAAUGCUUUCCGAGAGUUUGCGAAAUGAAAAGCCA